AUGAGGACGGCACAUAUCGCCCGCGCAAGAGACAAGCCGUCAUAUCGAAAGCGUGUGAGCACUGCAAAACCAAGAAAGCUCGAUGCGACAGUUCUCGCCCGCAGUGUGGCAUGUGCCAACGAAAAGGCAUGCGUUGUAUGCGAGUACAAGGAAAAGGGCCAGCCCGGUUUGCGGCCAGGCUAUGGAAAGGCAGUCGAGCAACGUCUCAGCCUCCUGGAAGACAACAUGGAGAAUAUGUCUCGUACAGUUCAGGAAAUCUUGAGUUGCGUCCAGAACUUUCAGAAAGAUACCACACAGAGCCAAACCCCGAACGCUCAGUUCUCAACAUUUGCUACACCACCAGAUCCCGAGCCGGCUGCUGGUGGCCACGAGCAGCAACAUACGAGCCCCUCCGACAAAGAGCCACUGUGGCAGCCCGUUUCUGCUCCUUUACCGGCUUCUGGAUCUACGACAACAGCAGCAGACCUGAGCAUGUUCGCAGCAUCGCCAUUGUCGGAUAGGGUUGACCCCCGUCCUGCCCUCAAGCCGUGGGACGUGACAAACACCACCCAGAUACCGACAGUCGUGACCGCCGACACAUCACUGCCACCCGAGCCGAUUCUUCGCGAUCUCAUUGAUCUGUUCUUUGAGCACGUUUAUCCCUGGGCACCACUGUUUCACCAGCCGAGCUUGCUCGCUGAAGCAUUCUCCGCAGAACAACAAAUUGUACUCCACGGUAUUGUGGUAGUCGCAUACCGUUUCUGGAGAAAGGCAGCACCGCCACCCGCAGUCCGUGAAGCGCAGGUCAAGACAUCAAGGGAGCAAAUCCUCCUCAAAUCAAUCGACGUUGCAUCCCUCGUGUCUACACAGGCCCUUGCUCUUCUCGCCAUCGACGCCAUCGGGCAGGGGCCUGGCCCGAGAACAUGGAACCUCAUGGCCAUGCUCAUAACAUCAACACGCCAGCUUCAUCUUGCCAACAGCCACAGUACUACUGUUGAUCCUCGCUCAUCCUCCCUCGUCGAUAAUGAUGCCCCGGAGAGAGGCCAAGGCGGCGACGAAAUGUCACUUAGCGGGCGCGGCAGUGAGAUUCACUCCAACAUUGAAGAAGAGGAGAAGCAUCGCCUAUUCUGGGUAAUCUACAGCCUCGAUCGAUUCUCAAGUGUCCCCCUCGGCCAACCAGGCUCCAUCGACAGCAGGCUGAUCAAGCUACCAUAUCCGGUCCGCGACGAUGAGUGGGAGCAGAACGUGGUGUCUGAAUGGUUCCAAAGACCAUCUCCUGCGAGGCCUUACUUAAACCAUCGGAAACCAGUAAAUCUCUGGCACUACUACAUCGACAUCUUGACAAUGGUCGACCAGUCAAACCAGCUAUUGAUACAGCCGGUGAAUCUCGCCCUACCAGCUAGUUGUGAGGAGUGGCAAAGCAGCUUCCGUCGAUUCGACAUUUCACUCUUCACGUGGUUUGAAAACUUGCCAUGGGAGGUUCAAGAGCCUCCAUCAGUGUUCGACCCGGUUUGGACUUUGGUCCACGCCACAUUUUACCUAAUCAACAUACGCAUGUACACGGUUGCGGCUUUCCCCUCGACGGCCUCACCAUAUCUGAAGCCCUCAACCUCGGCUCGAGGCCGCUGUCGCCAGGCAGUACACAGCGUUGCCAGCCUUGCAGCUUCUCUCGAGUCCCACCAGAUUCAGCAGCUGGGACCCACGUUCCCUUUCGUCGUAUGGGUCGCUGCCAGAAGCCUCGUCAUGCUCUGGACAAUGGGGUAUGAGACUACCCGUGGAACGGUGCCAGACGACCUGGAGCCACUUCUUCACACCUUGAGACAAUCGGCCAUGCACUGGCCAUGUAGCCAACGCUACUCUUACAUGAUACAGCUGAUUGUCGAUACGAAGAACAGUCCUUCUGGACCAGUAGGUCUGGAAAUAUUCAAUGAUACCCGUAGGACCGCGUAUGGACUCCAAAACCGGUUGGGGGCUUUAGUCGACUGUCAGGCCAUGGCUUUGUUCGCUGGCUUGAGUGACUUUCUUGAUGUCGGGUUUUCAGACUUGCUCAACUUCCCUGGUCCUCAAAUUGGACUGAGGGGUGUUGGCAGAGAGUUUGACGCAGACUGGUUGUAG